CUGACAAGGGGGUUUCCCCAAUUUCAUUUUGACAACAAAAUAUUAAGAAAACAACUCACUUUUUCCAAUAAUUUUCACGUCCUACUUUAUUUUGGAAGAUGGGUGGAUGUUUAGAAUCUAUGAGUGGUGGUGCAAGCAGUAACACACCAGACGAGGAAACUCGAAGACGCCAAGCUGCAGAGGCUGCCGAGAAGCGACAAAAAGGUCUUGAAGGGCGAGGUGUGAAAGACCCGGAAGGCUUAAAAAGAAAGCAACAGAAAAGAGAGGAGCUGGAGAAGAAGUCGGAACUGCAAGGAAAUGAAGAAGGACUACGGUGGCAAGUUGGAUAACCAAUAACUCAGAUGGUUCACAAUCUAUCACAGAAUGUUUAAGUGUUGGUCACUGGGCAUUGGAUUUAUGGACAAAUGGUGCUAGUCAGACUUUGGUGUUGAUAAUCAAGGAACUUCACCAUUGCUGGAAGAAUUUAACGUGACACUGCAUCCUGUAUUCAUUCUCUGUUUGUGUAUCAAGGGUGAAGGCUUGGUAUUUGAAGCUGAAGUGUAUGUAGCUGCCAUUGAAAUGGAGAAAUUGAUGAGAAGUCCGUCAUUGACUCUGUUUGAAAAUGUGACCCGCUCUACCAAAACUAGGCGCUUGUCGCAUCUGAACUGAACAACAAGUCCGUAUCAACCUGUCAAGUUCAGAUGCGACAAGCGCCUAGUUUUGGUAGAGCGAGUCACAAAUCAUGAUGGUUCUGAGGAGUAAAACCUGGUUGGCCAAAGUGGCAGUGGGAAUUUACAGAGCGUUUUAUGAAACGAAACAAUUUUGCUGUCACGUGUGUAUUUUGCACUUCAAUUAUUAUUUACUAUCAGUUUAACUUAUUUUUUGCAUAAGCUUGUAUGUGGCAAUAACUUGGUAGUCUAGAAUGUAGCAUGACACUGGUUGAUUAAAAUGUCAAAUUAAUUUUCCAGAAUAAAAUACCCUUUCUAUUCUGUAUAA